AUGGCUGAUUAUGUGGGCUCGUCGCAAACGCCAUUGCAGUGGGUCAACCAUGACGCAAAGAAUAUGAAAGCCGCGCCGAAUCGAGGGCAGGUAUUCAAACAUAUCCAGAGUUCCUAUCGCAAGUGGAAGCGGCUGGAGGACAAUAAGUCGCUGGCUGCCUCAGUGAAACCUCCUGGCUCAAUGCAGGGUGUGGUUGGAGCUAGCGAUAGGCCUCCUAUUCGCGGCAAUGAGACACAUCGCACAGCGCUUCCAUCGAGAUCGUCUUCGAAGAAGAAUAAAACCACGAAUUGCAGCUACUUGCCAAGCAGCUGUGGUGCUGUCAUUCGGCGGUCCCCCUCGCCAGUGACUAUCCUUCAACGCGGUAGCUCCGACCCCUUUGACGUCCUCGCCGUCGAAAUCACUCCGCAAGUUAAUUCCAUGUUGUCUUUCUACAGGGACACCAUACUCAGAGCUCUUUGUCAGGUUGACUCUACCACAGGCUUGGGAGGCGAUAUCGCUGAUAGAACGUGGCAGAGCCAAGUGGAGAGCCUUAAGGACCCAGGUCAUAGUUACGCGCUCGUUGCUUCCGCUUCGGCUAUUGCUUCCAGGACUGCCGCCACACCACACUAUCUCAAUUACGCAGCCGCAUGCCGCCUUAAAAGUAUUCAUUAUCUGAAAAUAAAAAUGUCUGAGCCUGAUAGCUUCUUGAAUUUGGCAUCAAUGGAGCAUGUCAACAGCGCUUGCGAAGCAGAGAUAUACGCGGGUAACAUGGCUGGAGCUCGGGCACAUAUGCAAUGGCUAAGCCGACUAUGCAUGAGAUACCUGGAACGUGAACCCUUGGAUCGGAUGAUGCUGGUCCAUUUGGCGAACGACUUCUACCAUGAUGUGCAAAUCUCCAUGAUCACCAUGCAGAGAACGUCAUUUGACGUCCACAAUUGGAUGCCAAAGGCAAUCGCUGAAGCCGUGGAGCUUGCAUCCCGGUGCCUACCAAAAUUCAUGCACGACGUCCCUGACACAUUCAACGCCGUCAUCGAUGACAAUUUACGACGAUCGUUGCUCGACAGACGUAAAGCUGGCAAGCUAUGGCUGGAGGAAAACAAUGAACCAGUGCUCCAGCCCGAGCUGGUUUACUUCCAUGCGCUCAUGACUGGCGGGGUUCACUUUGGCCGACUGCUCGACAGGUACCUGACGUACAAGGCCAUGGCGGUGUCACCGGAACACCCUCUCACGCAGAUCUACCUUCACCAACACCUGUUGCUGGGUGUGCUCUAUUGGAUGUACUUAUGUGGUAGAGAAGUGUAUCUGGGAGACCACCUUCUCUUUGACGGCACAGGUCUACUGCUCAGGCAACUCCGCGACAGUCUGGAAUCGGCAGACCUAGAGCUCAAACCUGAAGAACGCACUACAGAGUAUAGUGAGACCAGGCUGUACGCGCUGUACACGGGGGCGUUCUCCGAACAACGACAGCGCUCUCGUCGUCCAGAAACCACGCCACAAUCAUAUUGUUGGUUCACCGACCAAUUCGCGCGCUAUGUAAGCACCAUGGGUCUACGAACCUGGUCAGAGGUGGAAGCAAUAGUGGAAACAUUUCUGUAUUAUCGAAUACUUGAACCACGUGGUGAAACUUGGUUCGAGAAGGCCAUGAGUGUCUCCCUCGGAGACCAGAACUUGAAAUAG